AUGGAUAAUACGUUGCCGUCGUCAACCAUACGAGCAAUUGCGUCCUUGGUCGUCCUCUUUGUUCUCGCGACGACCUUUCUCGCUCUCAGGAUUUACGCGAGAGUCUCGGCGUUGAGAAGUUGGCGGCUGGGGACGGACGACUAUCUCAUACUUUCGGCGUGGGUGAGUUCUGUUCACAUGCAUGAUAUAUCUUCGGGUCGCGCUUCUAAGUGCGUCUACGUUUGCGGGGAUACUGAACGUCCCCAAGUACAGCAAGAUCAGUAA